UUGACAGAUAUAGCAAAUAUGGUGCCACUGUACUUAUUUUAUUGAUGGCGACUUUUACUUUAAUUGCUCACUGGAUGGCUUGUAUAUGGUAUGCAAUUGGAAAUGCUGAGAGACCUAAAUUAAAAAGCAAAGUUGGGUGGUUAGAUAUUCUUGUAAAUGAUACACAUCAAUUGAUACAAUCAACAAAAAUACAAGUCAAUUUACAGUAGUGAUGAUUCAGGUGAUCCAAGUAUUA